GCGUCAGAUCAGUCGUCAGUCUCCCGGCCUGUGAUUGGCUGGUGAUUGAGCAGAGAGCAGGAAGUAAUGGAUGGUGAUCGCUUGUGAUGGAGGCUCGGUGUGAUGGGUAGCAUUGUGAUCUGGGUUCCUGAUCCAUAGGGAAUGACACGCUGUCAUGUUAACCGGGAUAUAGCUCUUCAUCUUGGCCCGGAAACCCCCUAAAAUCAGUUUAAAUGAGAAUGUCCUUGGCGCAGAGAGUGCUCCUCACCUGGCUGUUCAGUUUGCUUUUCCUCAUCAUGGUGGUGCUGAAACUGGAUGAAAAGGCCCCAUGGAACUGGUUUAUUAUCUUCAUCCCCAUCUGGAUAUUUGACACCAUUCUACUUGUGAUGCUGAUUGUAAAAAUGGCUGGACGAUGUAAAUCGGGAUACGAUCCCAGGAACGGGGCUCAAAACAUGAAGAAAAAGUCCUGGUAUCUCACAGCCAUGCUACUGAAGUUGGCAUUUUGCCUUGCCCUCUGUGCCAUGCUGGAGAAAUUCACAAGCAUGUAUUUAUGCUUUGUGUUUAUUCCAUUAUGGAUGCUACUGAUCGGAGGACUGAUUGAACUGGGAAUAAAUGUAUUUUGUGUCAGGCGAGAUCAGUAACACCCAGGAUGGGCAGUGCUGGGUACUGCAGAGAAAAUGAGAUGUAAUGCAUGUUUUCCUUCGUUAUUAUCUUUGAUAUCCUAGAGCUAUUGGAUAUAAAACCAAGCACCCCUUCAUCCCGUGGACUUCCAUGUAGGCACCCCCGUGUUCUCUACAAACAUUGGUGUUCUGCUUUGGUUUGUUAAAAGGCUCCAUGGUUUUACUUGAGAUGUAUUAUAUGUAAAUAAAUGGAAACCUAUAGUGUAAAGCUUA